AUGUCUGGCGAGAGCGUCUUCAACCUCAUUGAAACAGAGGUGGAAGUGCCCCCGCCCCAACAGAGGCACAAGUCCAAGUUCAGUGGAAGUAAGGCUGCCCCACCUACAGCGUCUACUUUCGGUAUUCAUGGGACAAGUGCUGUUGUCGCAAACAUGGGCGGCGAAGUUACAGAGCCGUCGAUUCACCCAGCAAAGAAGCCCUUGGGAACAUUUGGACGAGAUGCGGGUUGCACAGUGAAUCCAGAAACCUUUCUGAAAAAGAACGAGGGCCCCUACACUGCGAGCCGUGGGGCAACAACUCUGAACAAUAAAAAAUUCCUUAAAGCCAAAAAGGAUACUGCUAAACUGAAAGAUGACAUUCCAAGUAGAUACGACAAGCCUAUCAUGGGCCUGAAGACUGACAAGAACUAUGUCGUGGCAAAUGCCGUAGAGAGUAUUCUCGCCAUACCUACCAAGAACGUUCCUCCUCCAGAAAGUCGUGCGGUAGAUCGUGCUGACUUUGGGAAGGUACCGGUGUACCUGGAGGAGGUCAAAACAGAAAUUGAGGAACGCCACGCUCUGGUAGAGAGGCUUAAAGCUUCUCAGCGCGAGGUGGCAGAAAGGUGGUCUGAAUUAUCCGCAGAUGAACUUGAGCAGUUGCGUCAGGGACUGCAGCGCCGAUGGGACUCACUCAACUCGGAGUACCACUCCAGGGGCUUCAGCAAACUGCAAACUCCUUCGCAAAAGGCUCAUCACGAGGCCCUUGGGAAAGAACUCAAUGCGGUAGAGUUUGCAAUGCAGAAAGUGAGUCGAGCGCAUGUGUUUGUUUACGACGACCAACACUAG